CGUCUCGGUGACAUUGAUCAGCCUCACCGGUGGAAAACGCCGGUAUUUAACGGAGGACACCACCGGUUAACGUGUCACCGGAACGACAUUUGGAUUAUUAAUGACAUCUAAAUCUAAACUCAACAGUAAAAGCAGCCGGAUGCCGGCGGCGGAGGCAGCGGCGGUGAGCGGGCUGAAGCAGUGUCAGCUGGCUCAGGAUCAGCUGGAAGGAGCCGUCAGCAGCGUGAUGAAGGCUGAGCAGCAGCUGAGAGACAACGCCAGAGAGGUGCGUGCCGAGCUGCAGAGCUGUGUGAGUCGUCAGCAGGAGGCGCUGCGCUGCAGAGAAGUUUGGCUGCUGAGUCAGAUCGAGCUGCUGGAACAACUGAAGACUGAAACUCUGCAACAGCAACUGCACCGACUGCACUGGCUGCGCGGUCAGUUCGACGUCAUCUCUCAGCAGCUGCAGAACUCAAACAGCAGCAACGACCUGAACAACCAGCUCACCAGCUGCAUGGAGAAGUUGUCCUCUCUGAGUCUGACGCCAGAGGAAACACCUGAGAUGAGUUUCCAAGCCGACACUCGCUCUCUGAGGCAAGCCAUCACCUCGUUUGGCAACGUCAGCGCUCAGCUGGUGGAGGAAGUGUCCUCUCAGAGUCCCGCCCACCAGAGAGCUCAGGUGCAGAGUUGUCCAAUCGCUGCCAAGAAGCAGAAGAUGGAAGUCGGCGCUCUGGACGACUGGCUGCUGGGAACCCGUCCAGCAAGCAGCGCUCCCAUUGGCUACCAGUCCAGCAAGAACCCUCAGGAUUGGCUGGUGUCACAGAGAGAGAGCAAGACUUCCUGUCCCGUCCUGGCCUCGGUGGACUUCAUGAAGGCUUGGGGUCAGCUGAGAGAUUUGGAGUCGUGGCUCCUGCAGGAUCGCUCCUCCACCAGCAGGGAGCGCUCCGUCAGCACCUGCAGCUCCUCCAGCUCCUCCUUCUCCAUCGAGAAGAUCGACGAAUCAGAGUUCACUGAGACCCCCAACGACGAGGAGGAGGAGGAAGAGGAGCUGGGCGACUGGCUCAUCACCCCGCCCACCGUCGCCAUGGAGACAGCGUGCGACGCGGAGCGGUGGCGGCGGGUGCUGAAGCCGUUCGAGGACAGCUGGGCGAGCAGCGAUUGGCUGGUGGAGUCGAGCCGACCCGCUGCCGACUGCUCCUCCUGCUGCCAGACCAGCCGACCCCUGGAGAUAGAGAACCUGGGGCUGCUCAAGUGCCUGAAGACCCCCCCCGCCUCCACCCCCGUCUCUCCGGCAACCACCCCGGCGACCGCGGCCCCUGCGAUCGUAGCCCCUGCGACCACCCUGGAGGCGUGGCUGCAGAAGGAGGCGCCGCUCCAGCAGAACUGCCGGGCCAACGAGGUUUGCUCCAGCUACUCGGACUGCGUCUGCGAUGAGAACUGUGGGAAAGAAGCUCUGACCCGCUGGCUGCUCCGGCAGGACGGGAGGGACAAGAACGGCGUCCCUGCAGCCAAGAACGCCCCCCCCACCCCUACCCCCACCGCCAAAAACACCCCGCCCCCCCUGCACCACAGAGAGCAGGAACAGAAGGUUCAGGCCAUCCUGGAGGCCUGGCUGCACCCCACCAACUCCUCCUGCACGAGUCCUCUGCAGCCCGCCGGCUCCUCUCUGUCCGGCUGGGUGGCUCCUGAGGAGGAGAAGGCCAGCAGGGAGGAGCACAGCUCUCAGUUCAAGCCUCCCUGCUCCUCGCUGUUCCAGCUGCCUCUGGAUCCGGAGCUCUGGGUGCUUCCAGAGAAGAACUGCAGUCCUGCUCCAAGCUCAGCGGCUCCGUCCGGCCCGGCCGAGGAAGAGGAGGAUAAAUGGCUGCUGAGGAAGAGGAGUCAGGCUCAGGAGCGGAUGGCCUCCGUCUGUGAUUUGUUCUCAUGUAUGAAAGUGGGCGGAGACAAAGAGAAAUGGCUCCACAGGGCUCCCAUACAGAUGUGAUGAAGACGAAGGCUCUGAUUCGUCCGGAUGUUUCUUCUUCUCGCCGUCACUUUAUCGCUAAUCAGCGCACACGAUGACAUCAUCAUCACCGCCUUCUUCCUGUGACAUCAGCGCCGCUCUCCUCCAAUCAGGAUCAGGGACAGCCAAACGAGGGCGGAGCUAAUUUAGUUAAUUAAAUUGAUCUCGUUAAGAAUAAGAAUUGUAUCAGCUGAUCCUGACAGGAAGUGAGGGGGAGGAGUCACGUGGGUGGGUGGGGCUAAUGUUAGCUAAAGUAGCUUUUUAUUUUAAUCAAAUGUAUUUUAAUCUUUUAAUCAUUUAACGCUCGUUCCUGAUUGGUGGAAUUUCCCUCCAUUGUUUUUUUUUCCCUCCUUUUUUCUCCGAAGCGUCUGAUUGGUUGGUUUUCUCCCGUGCUCACCUGCAGAGUUCUACUUCCUGUCCAGGCUGCCGGCUGCUCGCAUCACUUCCAGUUGCCUCUCAGCUGAUUCAGAUUUUCAUUGUGACAGUCACUUCCUGUUUCCUGUAUUUUAUUUUAUUUAUCUGAAAGUUUGUCGGAAGAUACAUUUCCCAGAAUGCCUUGCGCGGAGGCAGCCAGCAGCCCGGUCACGUGACUCUGCAGGUCAGCCGUGAUUGGUGCUUUAUUUUGAGGGGGGGCGGGGCUUCUAUCAUAUAGAGCUGUGAUGUCAUCAGGACUCACCUUCUGCUGUGAUUCUCUACAGUAAUAAACAACUAUGACAUCA